CGCUGCAAAAUCCUAUAGAGCCUGAGCCUGAGCCUGAGCCUGAGACUACUACUUCAAAGGAGACCCUUUUGAGGGAGUCACCAAAGGCCACCCAGCGGCUAAAAACUAUGGGAGCAGAAACCUUGGUUAAUAACGGGGAGGCCAAGGCUCCCCUUAUCCUGGGACUACAGCCAGCUGCCCUCAUUGAUCAUGUGGCUCGUGUCGAUUGGUCCUUGCUCCAUCAAAUUCCUGGUGAACGUGGUGGCUCCAUUCCGGUGGAAUUCAAGGAGCUUGAGCAUAUAUUAAGCGAGUUGAAAAAGCAUAUCCUUACUUCAGUUGAUGAUCCAUCUCCUAUGAAGACUAUGGCUGGGGGAAGUGUUGCAAAUACUAUUCGUGGACUUAGCUCUGGCUUUGGUGUUAACAGUGGAAUGAUCGGGGCCCAUGGGGAUGAUGAGCAAGGCCAAUUGUUUGUAAGUAACAUGAACUUUACUGGAGUUAAUAUUUCGAGACUGCGAAAGAAGACGGGACCAACAGCUCAGUGUGUUUGCCUAGUUGAUGCAUACGGCAAUAGAACAAUGCGCCCUUGCCUGUCGACCGCUGUAAAAGUUCAGGGGGAUGAAUUGACCAAGGAUGACUUUAGUGGUUCUAAGUGGUUAGUAAUGAGAUAUGGAAUAUUCAAUUUGGAAGUUACUCAAGCAGCUAUAAGAUUUGCCAAACAAGAGGGUCUGUCUGUCUCCAUCGAUUUGGCCAGUUUUGAGAUGGUUCGGAAUUUUAGAGAACCUCUUCUAAAGUUACUGGAGUCGGGAGAUAUCGACCUCUGCUUUGCCAACGAGGAUGAAGCAACAGAACUACUAAGGGGUGAAGCAAAUGCUAGCCCUGAAGCUGCACUGGAAUACCUGUCCAAAUAUUGCCGAUGGGCUGUGGUUACAUUAGGGGCCAACGGAUGCAUCGCAAAACACGCACAAGAGGUUGUCCGAGUUCCGGCUAUAGGGGAGACAAAAGCGGUUGAUGCCACAGGAGCUGGGGACCUUUUCGCUGGUGGUUUCUUAUAUGGAUUGGUCAAGGGAUUAUCACUUGAGGAAUGUUGCAAAGUGGGCUCAUGUAGUGGUGGUGCAGUGAUUCGUUCACUUGGGGGUGAGGUAACACCUGAGAAUUGGCAAUGGAUGUAUAAGCAGAUGCAGAUAAAGGGCCUACCACUUCCUGAUAUUUCGGAAUUGAUGUCUCCACGAUCAAACAAGCAUUGAUUUUCACUUCUAUUGCUGCUAUUUAAUAAUUUUUUUUCCUGAAGAAAAUGGCAAACCUAAUCAGUGUUGAAUCAUCACUGAAUUAUUCUGUAGAAACUCCUUUGCAAGGACUUACAUUAAGCGUUUAUUAUCAGAUGCAAAGGCCUUAUGUUACAUCA